AGGGGCGGACUAGCAGGCGGGGCUGAGCAUUGGCGAUGAAGCCUGGAUUGGAGUGACCACGCAAGCAGCUGGAGGUUCCUGCGGCUGCGUCCCAGCCUGAGCCAAGACCUUUGAUCGGCUCGCCCCUCUCGGCCGGCUCUAGCCGGCUCCAGAGGGGUCUCUCUCGGAGUCCUGCCCUAGCUUCCUCGCUCACAACCGAACUUUAGUUUGCAAGUUUUGUUCUUGAGACCUUUCCCCCAGGACUUCUAGGAAGACAGCGGACCUUUGACUGGAACAUUUAAGGACUUGGGUUACUCGGCUCCCAGAAUCCCAAAUCCUAAGUGUCCUGACAAAAGACCGGCAGGCCCUUAAGUUUUGCUGGAAAACUACGAGUCGAUGGGAGAACCGCUGUCCAUUCAAAACCUUCGGUUUGAAAAUGACUAACUGAAGAGUGAUUUGGAUGAAUGGGUGUCCAGUCUUAACCAACGCCGCUCCUGGAUGAGAAAGGUCCAGAUUUCAGGUUGCAACAUUAUACCUACUGAUUCUUUGGUGGAAUAUCAACUCUUGAAAGGUCUCUGAAGUCACAUCCAGCAUCCUGUCUGUGGCCUUUUCAGGGUAACAGUACAUGUUCAUAGAAGGAACCACAUGGAUCAAGCAUAUGAGGCCAUAAGCAGAACUUAAUGAGGAACACCAGCAUUGAUGGGUUUGGAUGAACCAAUGUCUUCAUUCUAUAGUAUUCCAUUCUUUUACAAUCCCAGAGAAAAUGUUGCUAGAAGAGAAUAUUGUGUGGAAUGAGACCUUUUUCCAUAUUUUAUGACCAAUAUGCAUUCAGAAACACAUCUACUCAACAAAUACAAAGUUCGAUAGUCCUGAAGAAGCAAGCAGCUGUAUGCACACAGACCCAAGAACAUGAAAAUGUUCAUUAGCAGCAGAAGAGUCAAAAGAUGGCAAUUUUUUCACUUUUUUGCCACUUGUUUUAUAUUAAGCUUCAUGGUUUUUUGGGGCCCAAUCAAUAACUACAUCAUGAGCCAUAUGAAGUCCUACACCUACAGAUACCUCAUAAAUAGCUAUGACUUUGUUAACGAUUCCCUGUCUAUCAAGCACAGCUCUGUGCAGCCUCACUACCCUUACUUGAUCAACCACAGAGAGAAGUGUCAGGCUCAAGAUGUCCUCCUCUUAGUGUUUAUAAAGACUGCCCCUGAAAACUAUGACCGACGUUCCGCAAUCAGAAAAACAUGGGGCAACGAGAAUUACAUUCAGUCUCAAUUCAAUGCCAACAUCAAAACUCUGUUUGCAUUAGGAAUUCCUAGUCCACUGAAGGGAGAAGAUCUGCAAAAAAGACUGAUUUGGGAAAACCAAGUGUACAAGGAUAUAAUUCAGCAAGAUUUCAUUGAUUCCUUCCACAAUCUUACUUUUAAAUUCCUCCUUCAGUUCAGCUGGGCAAACACUUUUUGCCCACAUGCCAAAUUUCUGAUGACUGCUGACGAUGAUAUAUUUAUCCACAUGCCAAAUCUCAUUGGAUACCUUCAAGAGCUGGAGCAGAUUGGAGUUCGAGACCUUUGGAUUGGUCACGUUCAUCGAGGUGGCCCUCCUGUUAGAGAUAAAAGCAGCAAAUACUAUGUUCCCUAUGAAAUGUACAAGUGGCCGGCCUACCCUGACUACACAGCUGGUGCUGCCUAUGUCGUCUCCAGCGAUGUAGCUGCCAAAAUCUAUGAGGCAUCGCAGACACUGAAUUCCAGUAUGUACAUAGAUGAUGUAUUCAUGGGCCUCUGUGCCAAUAAAGUGGGGAUAGUGCCACAGGACCAUGUAUUUUUCUCUGGGGAAGGGAAGGUUCCUUAUCAUCCCUGCAUCUAUGAAAAGAUGAUGACAUCUCACGGACAUUUACAAGAUCUGCAGAAGCUCUGGAUAGAGGCUACAGAUCCUAAAGUAAAGAACAUUUCAAAAGGAUUUUUUGGCCAAAUAUACUGCAGGUUAAUUAAGGUAAUUCUUCUGUGUAGAUUGACUUACAGGAAUUCGUAUCCUUGCAGGGCCGCAUUUGCUUAAUAGUACUUGGAUGCUGUAACUGUGUUAACUGUCACUGAGCCAAACUUGAAUGGAAAGAAAUGAAAAAAAAAAAGUCUGUAAAUGUUUCUACCCUAAGUCAAAUGAAUUGAAAGCAAAAAGAUCAUUUCAAAACCCAGUCAAACUAGUCAGUGUAACUCCAAAUUAAAUUGUGGCUUAAUUUCAUUUCAAGGAUUUCAUAUUAUAAAAGACUUAGAUCAUGAGCAAGAGUAGAGUAAAAAUUUCCAGUUCUCAUUUGGUUCUACCUGUGCAUUUGAGGUAGAGAGAACACCUGAGAGGCCUUGCUAUCAAAAUCAUAGUUUUGGGAAAGUACCUAACAAAUGUAUAAUGUAGCAUCUCUUAAGAAAUUAAUACACCUUAGAACAAGCAAUCCAAAUUGUCUUUAUUAAAAAGUACUAGGUAGAGGUGGGGGAAGCAGGUGGUACAGGAGAAAGUAUACCAACGUGAUGAAAGGUUCUAUCAAAUGAGGACAUAGGAGGAAAAUGUCUACAAGUUUGUUCCAGUUAAGUCGACAUUUACCUAGGCAGUUCUGGAAUCACUUAAAAUGUAUUUGUAUCAUUUUCUCAAAUUCAAUUUUUACUAUAAAACUUUAGAAAGUGGUCAGCUCUACCCUAACCAACACUAUGUGUAGGUUUUCUCUAAAGUUAUAAAACAGGAGUAGUUCCUGGCCCCUGGAGGACAUUCUUUAGAGAGAAAUUACUGUCAACUCCAAUAAGCUGGUUUUAAUUUAAUGAAUUAUUCAAUUGCUUUUAAAGCAUUAAAUAUUGGCCUCUGCUUAAGGUAGUGGUUUGGACAUAGCUUACAGUGAGGAGUAUAAUAAUGGAAGAGACUUAGAGGAAAGAUACACCUAGGGGUACAUAGCUCAGCACGCAAAGGAAAAAAGAUAAAGAAGCAUCAGAAACCUCUCUUCCUUGUAACUUGUAAUGUUAGCUUGGAGUUCAGAUCAUGGCACUCAAUACUCAGGUUAACCCACCGCUAACCAAUACGGUCUUGUAGGACACAGAUUUUGUUCCAAGUGCAGACUUUUAACUUGAAAGUUUUUAAUAGGCUACCAAGUCUAAAAUAAUCCAUUAUUUGACUCAAAAGUUAACAGAGGUCACCUUUUAAAUAUUUCAAACACGGGAGCAGAGUAAGAGUGCUAGAGAAACUGACCAAAUGAGAUUAGAAAUUUUGGUAAAUCUGCAUGUUCUUUGUAAUCAGAGGCUUGGCAGAUCUAAUAAAUUAAAUGACAUUUAUUUUACAAAAUAGGAUUAAAACAUGUGGUUGAUAUGCAAACAAUGCGCCAGCACAGAAUGGAAUAAGGGAAAUUCAUCGAUUAAGGACCUGUGAUGCAGGCCAAAACAUGACUUAAGCAAAUGGAGAUGGAUGCUUAACAAACCUCAGAUGAAGGCACAUAGUAGGGAAAGUUUAGCUACCAUUAUUAGGAUGGUGCUGGAAACGAUGUAAAAAAAAAAAAUCUAAAAAUUUCUCAAAACACACAACUAAAUGAUAUCUGUGUUUUUGCAGGUAGAUUUUUUUUAAAAAAAAAAUGUUUACAGAAAUCUUUGUGAAGUUUUUUAUUAUGAAAUAUGAAGCUUGUUUAUACUGCUCUGGUAGUUUCUUACUAAUUUCAAGACUAGUGUUAAAUGUUCUAAGAUCAUUAUUUUAGGGUAGAUUCAGAGUUUUAGAUUACUAACAGUUCAGAUUUUCUGAUCAUUUUUUUAAACACUAAAGAAGAAAAGUAUAAUUUGAAAAGCAGCUUCAUAGUUAAUUCUCAGCAAUUGGCCCUUUGAUAACUGCUAGCUUUAGGUAUAUGUGGGAUAACAUGCGUCCAUGUUUCUGCUUGGAACUGGUAAAAGUUGUCACAAACUGGAAAACAUCAUCUGUCUCUUGUGUACAAGGUGGUCUGUUUACACUGGUACUUUAUAAAGCAGUUCUUUGUUUAUUUGAGCUCUCUUGAAUCUUUUUCAUCUUUUCAGUUUUUGCCUAGAGUAGAAUGGAACUGAUUUGAAGUUAAGGGAAAUAUGAAGGAACUUUGUCUUUUGGAAUUGCCAGAUGAUUGCAUCAUCAGAUUCAAAUCCCUGAAAGGUAUUUAUAAACAGAGUUGUUCUAACCUUUUAAAAAGGAAAGGAACAACUUACUCUAAUGCAGGGCUGUUUUCAAAGUGAAAAAUAAAAUGAAAAAGAAAUUAACUAUUGGCCCAGAUGGUCAGUUGAGUUUUAGUAAAUGGCUGCACAGAGUAAUACUGCUUUAAAAAAAAACAAAACAAAACAAAAAAAAAACAAAACCUUACCUCAUUAUCGGUUUAUAUCUUUUUUUAGCUAUUAAUUUUAUACCAAAAUGUUAAAUAUUUAUAUUGCUUGAGUUUCAAUCUUGUAUGGAAAAAUAAUUAAUAGGUCUAAAAGUUCUAUGCUUUCCAAUAAAGAAGUUAAAAAUCGUCA